GCCCCAUCAGUGAUGUGACAGAACUUCUCCUCUGAAACACGGUCGGCUGCCAAUGAACGACUGAAGCUCACAGGCCUUCUCCCCGGGACGUCCACUGGUGUUAUGGCCCUGGCGGCAGUGGGUGCGAGAUCAGGUCCCUGGUUUCUUCAUUUAAAUUUCCCAUGCAUGGGCAGAGGAGCUUAGCUUCCUUUCAUGUUCUCCUGACUAUCCAUGGAGCAUCCGGAUGCCCUGGAGAGCUAUGAAAAUAUCACUGACCCCCCAGUGACCAGAACCUGCAUGGCCCCUAUUCCUCAUGAUGACCUAUUCUGAGAGCAGCCCUGGUGGGAACCAGACCAUCUCCGGUGGGUUCAUCCUGGUGGGCUUUUCCUACCUUAACGAGCUGCAAAUCCUUCUAUUUCUGCUGCUUCUGGUAAUUUACCUAGUUGCCUUGAUGGGGAACCUGAUCAUUAUCCUCCUGAUAAAGCUCAACCCCUCCCUCCACACCCCCAUGUAUUUCUUCCUGGUGAACUUGUCCUUCCUAGAAAUCUGCUACACCACCAAUGUGCUCCCACAGCUACUGGUUCACCUCCUGGUGGAGGAAAAGACCAUCUCCAUUGUGGGCUGUAUGGUCCAGAUGUUGGUCUUCACCACCUUGGGCCUCACAGAAUGCUGCCUCCUCGCAGCCAUGGCCUACGACCGCUACGUGGCCAUCUGCCACCCCUUGCACUACACCACCAUCAUGAGCGGUUGGGCGUGUGCGCUGCUAGCGGCUGUGUCUUGGACCAUCGGUCUCUUGGCAGAAGGAGCUGAAACACUGUGGCUUUUCAGCCUGCCUUUCUGCGGAUCCAACCACAUCCACCACUUCUUUUGCGACAUCCGGCCAGUAGAGAAAAUGGCCUGCGCUGACACAUCGAAAAACGAGAUCCUGGGCUUGACUAUGUCGGCACUGUUCAUCAUGGGCCCUUUUCUAUUGAUAAUCCUGUCCUACGUCUGCAUUAUCUCCACCAUCCUCAGGCUGCCGUCAGCGGAGGGGAGGCGUAAAGCCUUCUCCACCUGCUCCUCCCACCUCAUGGUGGUGACUUUGUUCUACGGGACGGGCCUUUUCACCUACCUGAAACCCAAAUCUAGCUCCACCCCAGAGAGUGAUCAGAUGAUUUCCCUCAUUUACACAGUUGUAACCCCCGUGUUGAACCCCAUAAUAUAUACACUGAGGAACAAAGAGGUGAAGGGAGCAUUUAAGAAAACAGUGAGGAAGGCCAUCUUCUCACACAACCAGUGA